AUGAAGUUCUUCUCUCCUUUGGCCCUAGGUGCCACCGCAACUGCCUUGGUCCUCGUGAACCCCGAACAACAGCCGCUGGCCCCCUCAAUCGUACAGAACCCCCAGUCCAAGUCUCUGAUCGAACUGGCCCCAUACCAGACUCGAUGGGUGACAGAAGAAGAAAAAUGGUCUCUCAAGCUGGACGGCAUGAACUUCAUCGAUGUGACCGAAGAAUACCAAUCAGGCUCCUACGGCGCCCUACACGCAACCCGAGUCGUGAAGUACCCCACUGAGAUGUCACACGCCUCCGAGAUCCUGCCCUUGGCCAAGACCCUGGACAAGAAGAAUAUGAGAAGCAACCUCGAGCACUUCACCUCCUUCCACACCCGAUACUACAAGUCAUCAACGGGCAUCGAGUCCGCAACCUGGCUCUUCGACCAAGUCACCGCCGCAAUCCACGAAUCCGGCGCCAGCGACCACGGCGCGACCGUCGAGCGCUUCGCCCACCCCUGGGGCCAAUUCAGCAUCAUCGCCCGCAUCCCCGGUGACACCAACAACACCGUCGUGCUAGGCUCCCACCAAGAUAGCAUCAACCUGUUCCUGCCUUCUAUCCUGGCUGCCCCGGGCGCCGAUGACGACGGCAGCGGCACAGUCACCAUCCUCGAAGCUCUCCGUGCCCUGCUGCGGUCGGAGACCAUUGCCCACGGCAAGGCCCGCAACACCAUUGAGUUCCACUGGUACUCUGCCGAAGAGGGUGGUCUGCUCGGUUCCCAGGCCGUUUACUCGAAAUACAAGAAAGAAUCCCGCAAUGUCAAGGCCAUGCUCCAGCAGGAUAUGACCGGAUACGUGCAGGGUACCCUGGAUGCGGGCGAGAAGGAAUCUGUCGGUGUUAUUAUCGACUUUGUCGAUCAGGGCUUGACUACCUUCAUCAAGGAGGUCAUUACCAGCUACUGUGAUGUGCCUUAUGUUGAGACUAAGUGCGGAUAUGCCUGCUCUGACCAUGCCUCCGCCAGUCGAUAUGGGUACCCCUCUGCGUUUGUCAUCGAGUCCCAGUUCGAGAACUCCGAUAAGAAGAUCCAUACCACGGAAGACAAGAUCGAGUACUUGAGCUUCGACCACAUGCUGCAGCAUGCGAAGAUGAGUCUGGCAUUUGCCUACGAGCUUGCUUUUGCUCCCUUCUAA